GCCGCCGAAGAGACAGGGGAAACACACGCACAGGCGUUCCCGCUCUCCCCACGGCACUCGCCUCGCCCUGCCCUGCCCUGCCACCCGCCUCGACACCCCGGUCCCCAGCGCCGGGCGGUUCGGGGUGCUGCGGUGGCACCCCGGCCUGCGGUCCCGCUUGGGGGGGGGGGCAACGUGGGAACGGGGGUCCAUGCGAGCCGGAGCUGACGGUGCCUCUUCUCCCCCCCGAGGUGACAUGGAGCAGCUGAAGUGACCCACGGAGCCAUCUCAGCCGUGCCCAGGAUGGGCUGUGUGCACUGCAAAGAGAAAGUGUCCAGCAAAGGGCAGGGGGGGGGCGAGGUGGGGCCCCCCCCGCCCCCCGCCUCCCAGUACGACCCCGACCCCACGCAGCCGGGCGCCAUCUUCACCCGCAUCCCCGAUUUCAACAACUUCCACGGCACGGCGAUGCCCACGACUCCGUCCUUCACGGGGCUGGGGGUCCUCACCUCCAACACGCUGCAAAUGCGGAGCGGGGGCAUCACAGGCGGGGGUGUGACACUUUUCAUCGCCCUGUACGACUACGAGGCCCGGACAGAGGACGACCUGACCUUCCAGAAAGGGGAGAAAUUCCACAUCAUCAACAACACGGAGGGUGACUGGUGGGAGGCCAGGUCGCUGAGCUCAGGUACCACAGGCUACAUCCCCAGCAACUACGUGGCCCCCGUGGACUCUAUCCAGGCAGAAGAGUGGUACUUCGGGAAGAUCGGGCGCAAGGAUGCAGAGAGGCAGCUCCUCUGCCACGGCAACUGCAGGGGCACCUUCCUCAUCCGGGAGAGCGAGACGACGAAAGGUGCCUACUCCCUCUCCAUCCGGGACUGGGACGAGGCCAAGGGAGACCACGUCAAGCACUAUAAAAUUCGGAAGCUGGACAACGGGGGUUACUACAUCACCACCCGCGCCCAGUUCGACACCGUCCAGCAGCUGGUCCAGCAUUAUAUCGAGCGGGCGGCUGGGCUGUGCUGCCGCCUGGCCGUGCCGUGCCAGAAAGGAACCCCCAAACUGGCUGACCUCUCGGUCAAAACCAAAGACGUGUGGGAGAUCCCCCGCGAGUCCCUCCAGCUCCUCAAGAAGCUGGGCAACGGGCAGUUCGGGGAAGUGUGGAUGGGCACGUGGAACGGCACCACGAAGGUGGCAGUGAAGACGCUGAAGCCGGGCACCAUGUCCCCUGAGGCCUUCCUGGAGGAGGCUCAGAUCAUGAAGCGGCUGCGGCACGACAAGCUGGUGCAGCUCUACGCCGUGGUGUCGGAGGAGCCCAUCUACAUCGUCACCGAGUUCAUGAGCCAGGGCAGCUUGCUGGAUUUCCUGAAGGACGGGGACGGCCGCUACCUGAAGCUGCCCCAGCUGGUGGACAUGGCUGCCCAGAUCGCAGCGGGCAUGGCUUACAUCGAGCGAAUGAACUACAUCCACCGGGACCUCCGCGCUGCCAACAUCCUGGUGGGAGACAACCUGGUGUGCAAGAUCGCUGACUUCGGCCUCGCUCGCCUCAUCGAGGACAACGAGUACACGGCGCGCCAGGGUGCCAAGUUCCCCAUCAAGUGGACGGCCCCGGAGGCAGCGCUUUUUGGGAAGUUCACCAUCAAAUCAGAUGUCUGGUCCUUCGGCAUCCUCCUGACUGAGCUGGUGACCAAAGGCCGGGUGCCCUACCCAGGGAUGAACAACCGGGAGGUGCUGGAGCAGGUGGAGCGGGGCUACCGAAUGCAGUGUCCGGGCAACUGCCCCCCCUCCCUGCACGAGGUGAUGGUGCAGUGCUGGAAGCGGGAGCCCGAGGAGCGCCCCACCUUCGAGUACCUCCAGUCCUUCCUCGAGGACUACUUCACCGCCACCGAGCCCCAGUAUCAGCCGGGGGACAACCAGUGACCCAGCGCUGGCACCCCCCCCAGCUGGGCUCUGGGGUGGCUUUUUGGGCAAAUCUCCCCCUUUUUGCAGGGCGGUUGUUGCUCCUUUUGCCUGUGCCCCCCGCCCCCCAAAACUUGGGAUGCCCCAGGGAGGACAGGCAGCUUUGCACAAGGAUUUUGGACUCAGAGAGGGGGCAAAGCUGUUUGCCCCCCCCAGGACCGCCUCCCCCCCCCUCCCCCCCCUUCAUUGCCUUCACACCAACUUUGAACCUGAGAAGUGCUUUGGCUGGGGGCAGGAGCGUGGGGUACCCCACGGUGCCCCCCCAGGCACCCCCAGUCCCACAGCAGCAGAGGCCUCAGGGGGUGGGGGGGCCUCCCCCAUGCCAACCCCAAUCUCCUCUUCCCCAGGUCAGCUCUGCAUGAUUGGGGGGGGGUUCAGCCCCCCAAAUCCUGGCGCUGACCCAGGGAAGGUCACCUCAACCCUCCCCUUUAUAAUGUCUUUAAUUUAUAAGAUUUUAUAGCACUCACCCCAGCAGCCACUUCACCCCCCCGGGGAUUCCUGUAUUUGGGGGGAUCCCCUUGCCUCCCCCCCUUUUAUCUCCUCUCCUUAUAGUAGAGCUGAAUCCUGAAAACCAUAAACCUCUGCUUGCACUGGGGGGGGGGGAACAAGGGGUUCUGGGGGGGGGGAC